AUGAGAUUUUAUCAAAGUGGACCCGCUGGAUUGAUCCCUGGAUCUCUAGCGUACCUCUAUACUUUAAGUUUUUACAAUGCGGCCACAUUUGUACCACCGACUCUCAGUGCUGCCUAUUACACAUUUUUGGUGACAGCAAACUGCAGUGUUUCGUUCGAUCUGAGGAAACACGUUGAAGCUGAAAGCGAGCGUGAUCAACUUGGCUUAACCGAUUACACGUUGAUCUCCGUAGGCGACUCUGGCACAACUCCAAUUCAAUCUCGAUCUCAAACACCUGGGAAAACAAAAGCCAUCACAUUUUUCCAUCAUUUCUCUCUUGAAAUGGCUCUAGGCAAUGUUCAACUGGCAAACGGUUGUGAGGCAAAUCUUUAUGUACAUGGAAUUCCGUCAAAUGAAAUGAAAGAGAAAAUGUUGUUGUACAAGUUUAAUAGCGAUAACGCAGCGCAAUUCAUCCGCUCCGAUGUGCUCGCAAACGCUGCAACACUGAUUGUCAAAGAGAAUUGCGAUUUCUCAGCUGAUGUCAAAGCUGCAAACAAUGAGGACACUUAUUUGGAUCCAGACGCGAAAUACAUGGUGAAUGUUGUUAGAGCUGAUCCGGGAGGCAAUGGGAAUUGCUCUAUCAUCAUCACCAAUACUGAGAAGAUAAAGAAGAAAUUUGAGACGGUUUAUCACACGCUGAAUAUG